CUAUCGAUUAAUCGAUACUGCUGAAGAUGGAUACAUAGCGUUGUCUUUACACCACAGGGGGAGGGGAGGAAAUCUGCUGUACUUUUGUGCGAUUUAAACAAACAAAGUAGGCAUUAUAAGCAAUACAGCUGGACUCGGCAUCUCUGCAGCAUCUAUUCGCAUCCGUUCCAUCCCGAUGCUGACAAUCCGGGCCAGCCAAUAAACGGAGAGGCGACGGCUGUGCUCCCCCAACUGCUGAUUUGGAGUAGCAAAAAUAAACCAGAGCACAGCUCCCGCGCCCGAACAAACAAACGAUUCCGAUCCGCUUCGAGAAAGGGAGCAUCACUUCAGCAUCCCAUUGUUCUGAAAACGAUACGAGAUUGCCCGGCCAGAUCCGACUCAGCUAUCUAAAAAUGGAGUGGACGCGCGAGAAAACGCUGCAGCUGAUCACUGAGUACCGAGGCCGUCGCGGACUGUGGGAUAUGACUUGCGACGAUUAUCGGAAAAAGGACGUCAAACAGCGGCUCUUGAACGAAGUAAGCCAGGUGCUGGGCGGGAACAUCCCGAUCAACGAGCUGGAGAAAAAGUUCCACACGCUGCGUACGCAGUAUCACCGCGAGAUUAGUCGCAUGAAACGAAAGGAGCCCUACAAUUCAAAGUGGUUUGGCUUUAAGAACCUGGUGUUCCUCAGCUCGCCCUACGCCUGCCGCUCCACCAAAGGUCGGCUGAAGACAGAGCUGCAAGGCGACGAGCGCAAAUUUACCCUGGGCGAGGUCACCGCGGAUCACAAUAGCGACAGCAGCACCCCAGCAAACCACAACAGCAAUACAAACGCCAACAUGAACGAGGAGUACCUACGAAAGAGUCACGCCAGCAGUCGGGCCCAGGAGUUGGAGAAACUCAUCGAAGAAACAACUAAAGACGUCGACGACAUCGAUGAGCCAGAGAUGGAGGAUGGAGAGGUAAAGCCCAAGCAGGGCAAGGAUAUGGGCAUGCGCUAUGUUAGCCUUAGUGAGCAGGAUGAGACUGACCCACUGGAGAAUCAUCAUCAAACGCUGAUAGAUCUUCAUCAUCAGGGCAACGCAGUGGAGGCCGUAAGCUUCCAGGCCAACGAGAGUGGCGAACUGCACUACCAGUCUACUCCAUCCCAGAACACAAGCAACAACUCGGUACACGUUAUGCCCACGCGAAUCAUCAAGAUACAGAGGCGGGACACGUCUGGCGGUCAGGAUGAAAGCUACUUUGAAGAUCACACGCAAUUGCAUCCGCCUCCGGUCAAACGUAUGUACUAUGAAGCCAGUCCAGCAUCGCACAACACCACCGCUAUUUUGUCCCCUGCACUAGAAACCAAUGCAAAUGGCACAACCAGCAAUAUACUGACCACCACGUCAGGUAUAACCGUGAGCAAUCUGCGUCUGCCAAAGGUGAACACGCCGCCCAAGCCAACGCAAGCCCAAACUAUCCCCAGUCCGCCUCCGCCCACCAUUGUCAGCCUUCCGCCGGCGCGCGAUGAGUUCGCCACGUACGGAGAGUAUGUGGCGAACGAGAUGCGUGCCAUCACCAAUCGGGAGGUGCUCGUCUCCCUCAAGCACCGAAUAAACACGGCCAUCUUCGAGGCCAACAUGGCCGAAAUAUCCCCGAAAUAGAUUGAUCGUUUUAGCUAGAGCUAUUAACUACAACUUUAGGUUUAAGGCCUCUUGUCUUUGUGCUUUUUAUAGGUCGUGUCCCCCGUCACUUGUAUUCUCAUUUGAAUUUGUACAUUUAAAAUACAUGUAUGUAAUGAUUUAAAUACUUAAGCCAAAUAUAAAAUUUAGUGGAAUUACAAAAA